CCCCCCCAGGCCUGGCGGGACCAGGAUGCUGCCCCCUUGCCUCCCCCCCGCCCCCACCCAACGCCCUCGUCCUCCCGAACGUCCAGUCUGACCGAAGACAGCCGGAUGCCGGCUGACCCUGGGCCCGAGGCGGGCAGCGGCUGGCCGGGCCUCCUCAUGUCCUGCCUGAAGGGCCCCCACGUCAUCCUCAAGAUGGAGGCCAUGAAGAUCGUGCAUCCCGAGAAGUUCCCUGAGCUGCCGGCGGCUGCCCCCUGCUUCCCCCCUGCACCCCGGCCCACCCCUGCCCUGGCACCCAAGCGCGCCUGGCCCUCAGACACAGAAAUCAUUGUCAACCAGGCAUGUGGGGGAGACAUGCCUGCCUUGGAAGGGGCGUCCCACACCCCACCCUUGCCCCGCCGGCACCGCAAGGGCAGCGCAGAGCUGGGCUUCCCCCGCGUGGCGCCGGCGGACGAGGUCAUUGUGAACCAGUAUGUGAUGCGGCCUGGCCCCGCGGCCCCGGCAGCCCCCUUGGCAACCGCCGGCGAGCCCCUGGAGUGCCCCACCUGCGGGCAUACGUACAACGUCACUCAGCGGCGGCCCCGUGUGCUGUCCUGUCUGCACUCCGUGUGUGAGCAGUGCCUGCAGAUCCUCUAUGAGUCCUGCCCCAAGUACAAGUUCAUCUCCUGCCCCACCUGCCACCGCGAGACCGUGCUCUUCACGGACUACGGCCUGGCCGCGCUGGCCGUCAACACGUCCAUCCUGAACCGCCUGCCCCCCGAGGCGCUGACCGCCCCACCCAGCGGCCAGUGGGGUGGUGAGCCUGAGGGCAGCUGCUACCAGACCUUCCGGCAGUACUGCGGGGCUGCGUGUACCUGCCACGUGCGGAACCCCCUCUCGGCUUGCUCCAUCAUGUAACCCCUGCUGCUGCCGCCUGCCGCUACUGCCACCAGCCCUCGCUCUGCUUCUCCAGGGACCCCGCCCAUCUGCCCGCUGACCCCUCCACGCCCACCGUGGCUUCUGCCCCACCCCGUGUGGCACUGUCGCUGCAGCCAACUCUGCCAUUAAAACUCUUUGCCAAAGUACGCACCU